UGGAAUACACAAGAAACAUCCCAAGAUUAGUAGAAAAUCAAGAGGCAAAAGGGAGGGUGGAACUUAAAACAACCAUUAGAUUAAAAAGUACCAGGCAAACUAAUGGGCCUAAAGGCUGACAAGACCCCUGGACCCAAUGGCCUGCAACCAAAGAUCGUAAAAAAAGUGACUGCAGAUAAAGGUUGACAAGUUUUGUAUAUCGUACAUAAAUCAAAACAUGGAAAGUCCAGCACAAGUUGUAAAAGGAGGAGGGGUACGGAAAGCGAGACCUCCGCCUACUAAAACUUCCUUCAACAAUCCUUAUACGAUAGGAUGGAUUCGUUUGGAUGGGGAAAGCAUGACAUUCAUCCUGGAGAAGUUAAAGCAAACUUUUCAACAGACUGGCUUGUGUAAAAUAGAACCUACUUUAAGGCCCAGGAAACCGAGAGCUUCUAAGGGACCAAAAGGUCAAGAAAAGAGGAAUAGGGAAGGGAAUAUCAAAGAAAUCGAAGAAGACCAACAGAAGUCUGAGGCGGUCAAAGAAAUGAAGGAAGACCAUAUGAUGAACAGGAUUCAAGAAUUUAAACAAGGAUGGACUAAUGUGGAACUUAGGAAACAGUUGGCCAUUGGAAUCAACGAGGUCACUCGGGCUUUGGAGAAAAACACAUUGUGUUUGGUUCUGGUGUGUAAGUCGGUGAAGCCUUCUUUGAUGGCUCAACAUCUCAUUCAACUGAGUAAGAGUCGGGAGGUGCCUGCAUGUCAAGUUCCCCGUCUAAGUGAAACUGUGGCACCGGUGCUGGGAUUAAAAUCUACACUCGCACUGGGAUUUAAAAAGAAUUCAGAGGCUUUUGGUGAGACAGUUAAUGCCAUUACUCCACAAAUACCUCCUUUAAAUGUUUCCUGGAUACGUCAAAGUAAGAUGAUUGAGAAUGCUGAAGGAUUGGAGACAAGGGAGCAAGAUAGCACUAGUGACAUGCCAAAGCCUGAAUUAGCGGAGGCUGUGUUUCCACCAAGUCAGAAGCGUAAAUUCUGUGAAGUAACAUCAAGUGACUUUUCCUUAGAAUUAGAUAGUGAUAAAAGCAAAAAGACAGGGGUGACAUUGCUUCCUUUAAAAAUAAAGAAGGUAGUUCCAAAUCCAAAUAAAAUUCGGAAGCCAAAAAAGAAUAAGAAAAAUAAAUAAACAUCGGAUGCUGGAAACUUGGAACAAAAACCAAAACUAAAUUGAGCGCUAUAAAAAGAAACAGAAGGAAGACAAAGAGGAGGGGAAAAUACUUUGACAGUACUUUAUGAAAUUGUUUUUUAACUAAAUAUUUCAUGUAAGUGCUUUUUUUUAAACCAUGCAAAUUUGACAUUUUUCAUUCUUUAAUGGGAUGUGAGCAUCGGUGACGAGGCCAACAUUUAUUGCCCAACCCUUAGUAUCCUUGAAAAGGUGGUGGUCAGCUGCUUUCCUGAACCGCUGCAGUCCAUCUGGUAUAGGUACACCCAUAGUUCUGGCAGGAAGGAGUUACAGGAUUUUGACUCAUCAAUCGUGGAUGGAUUGGAUUUUAAAAUUAUUUGCUGUGACACUAUUACUUACAUGGUUUUCCAACUGUUGCAUUUUUUAAAGGAUGCUAUAUUUGUUUCUGCUGUAUUUGCUUAGUAGCACAGACAUCACCACAGUGUGUGGAAAACCGAGUCAUGCAAAAGAUUAGAUUUUUUUUCCUUUUUAGUGAGGGUAAUUCUUAAGCAUGAUAAAUUUGGUGAAUGAAACUGCUCUGAUGUGAGGAGUGGCUUUCUUGUGUUAGUAAUGUAAUUCUGUCAAUGUCAUGUUUUACAUCACAACGGGUUGCUUGGUUUUCAAAUUUUUCACCAUGUUGGAACAGUUUUUAACAAGAAUUAAAUUUAGUAGUUUUUGAAUUUC